AAUCCGAUUGGAACUUUUUGGCGCACACUGAUUACGAUAGUGUUUACUUCUUAAUAUAGUUAUUUCCAGAGCUGCGUUAAACGAAAUGAACCUUGACCAAAUAAAUAUACCGCGAAAACUAGUGCCGGACAACUACUUGCAGCUGGGACUAGCAGCUCAACGCAGCAAGCAACGCACUUUCAAGGAGCUCAUAGAGAAGAGGAAACUGCCGGAGACGGGAUGGUCCGAUGAGCAGAUUGAGGAGCUCGUGCUCCAGCUGGCCUCCUUGGACAGCAAUAACUUUCCGCACAAGGUCGGACUGGGAGAACGGGAGGCCCGAAUUGCCUGUAAACUCGUUGCCCGCCGGCACUACAACUUCGGUCACGGAAUAGGCCGCUCUGGAGAUUUACUGGAGGCUCAACCCAAGGCAGCAGGCUCCACGCUGCUCUCACGCUUGACAAAUGCGCUAAUUCUGGACCUUGUGCGGGGAAUCGGGCUGCCCAGCUGUGCCGACUGCUUUCUCGUGCCGAUGUGCACAGGCAUGAGCCUAACCCUCUGCCUGCAAAGUCUACGGAAGCGAAGACCCGCGGCGCAGUACGUGCUCUGGUCGCGCAUCGAUCAGAAGUCCUGCUUUAAGGCCAUCACCGCCGCGGGCUUGAAUCCAGUAAUAAUCCCCUGUCGGGUUAACGAGGAGGCUCUGUACACCGACAUAAAUUUAUUCCGGGAGAAGGUAGAGCUGUUGGGAGUGGAGAACAUCCUCUGCCUGUACACCACCACCAGUUGUUUUGCACCGCGCAACAGCGAUGACAUUGUGGAAAUAUCCAAGCUGGCAAAGCAGAAGCAGAUUCCCCACCUGGUCAACAAUGCUUACGGGCUACAGGUCAAGAUUAUCGUUCGUCAGCUGGAGCGGGCAAAUCAAAUCGGACGCAUUGAUUACUUUGUCCAGAGUAGCGACAAGAAUCUCUUGGUGCCAGUGGGCGGUGCCAUUGUGGGUAGCUUCAACAAGAGCCAGCUCCACGAAGUGGCCAGCAGUUAUGCGGGAAGAGCUAGCGGCUCCCAGUCCCUGGACGUUUUUAUGACGCUGCUUUCGCUGGGGCGCAACGGUUUUCAAUCGCUCAUCCAGCAGCGGGCCGAGAACUUCAUCUACCUCAGAGAUAGCCUCAGGAAAUUCGCAGAGAGUCAUGGAGAAGUGGUAAUCGACAGCAGUUAUAACUCCAUAUCAUUGGCAAUUACACUGGGAACGAUUUCUCCGGAUGAGGACGACGUCACCCAGCUCGGAUCUAUGCUUCACAUGCGUGGAGUGUCCGGAGCAAGAGUAGUGGUGCCUUGGCAAACCAAAACCAUCGAUGGGCACGAGUUUGUGGGUUUUGGCUCUCACCGCAACGACCUUAAAGUGCCUUAUCUAACUGUGGCGUCUGCCUUGGGGAUAACACGGGAGGAGAUCGACAAGUUUUUUGAUAUCUUCGGCAGGUGCUGGCACCAGUUAGUCAAAAUAAAAAUGAAAGCAUAACAAAAUUCCUACCAAAGGCAACACAAUAAAAUGUGCAUCGCCUAAGUCAACUUACUUUUAUAUAGAAAUAUAUAAUAAACCAGCAUUAUAGAUUUAAGAUCCAAAAUAAA